AUGGCGUCUGGCGAGGAGGACGGAGCGGUGGAAGAGAAGGAAACCAACAACAAGAAGAAAACAAAAAGCGCCGUCGCUAUCGCAUGGCUCACAUUUUACAACAUCGCCAUGACGGCCGGGUGGCUGGUGUUGGCCAUUGCAAUGGCCCGGUUUUACCUCCAGAAAGGCACACACAAAGGCCUGUACAGAAGUAUAGCAAGGACGCUCAAGUUCUUCCAGACAUUUGCUCUGCUUGAGAUUGGGCACUGCGCAUUCGGACUUGUUCGGACCUCUGUCAUCGUGACGGGGGUGCAAGUAUGCUCUCGGAUAUUCAUGGUCUGGUUUAUCACACACAGCAUCAGACAGAUUCAGAAUGAGGAGAGUGUGAUUUUGUUCCUGGUGGUGUGGACAGUGACGGAGAUUACCCGCUACUCUUUCUACACCUUUCACCUGCUCCACCACUUGCCCUACUUCAUCAAAUGGGCCAGAUAUAAUUUGUUCAUUAUCAUGUACCCUCUGGGAGUGGCUGGUGAACUGAUGACCAUUUACGCUGCUCUUCCGUACGUUCGGAAAUCUGGAAUGUAUUCCAUGAGGCUGCCGAACAAAUACAACGUCUCCUUCGACUAUUACUACUUCCUCAUCAUUGUUAUGCUUUCCUACAUCCCACUGUUCCCUCAGCUGUACUUGCACAUGUUGCGUCAGAGGAGAAGGGUUCUUCAUGGAGAAGUCAUAGUAGAGAAGGAUGAGUAA